UGUGCCAAGAAAAUUCACCCACUUCUAGAGAGAGAGAGAGAGAGAGAGAGAGAGAGAAAGGCGCAAAUACUUAUCCUAAGAAGAAGGGGAGAGAGAGUCGACCAAAAGAGACAAAAAUAAGAGGAAAUGAGAAGAGAAGAGGCAAAGACGGAGCGAAAAGAGAAAGAAAUGGCAACCAAGUUUGUAAACACAGAAGAAGAGAGAGAGAAGGAAAGGAGAGAUCGAGGAUUGACAUGGCCAGACUAGGGAAGGAAACACCGUGAUGAUGUUGUUUGUUUGCUAGUUUUUUUUUUAAGAGAAAGGAAAAACGGAGGAGAAGAGGAAAUGACGGAUCAUGAGAUAUCUCAAGCCUUGCACUCUCUCCUCCACUCUUCCUCAUCUCAAUCAUCUCGCCUUGAUUCCCCGUUGCCUCCAUUUACCUCCCUCUCCUCCAUAGUCGGCGACCUCGAGCUCAAGCUUGGAAUCGGUCUAGCCCACAAAACAGACUUCAUUCGCGCUCAAAUCCAACAAUAUCUUCUUUUCCAACCUCCACCUCCACCGCCUCAUCUUCAAUCGCAACAAUAUCAACCACCGCUCUACCUCCAACACCAGGACCAGCCUCAUUCAUAUCAGUACCACCUUCAUCAACAGCACCAACCAUUUCAACACCAACACCCGCAGAUACAUACACACCAACCAUUAUCGUCGAUUCCGCCUAAAGAACAUUAUGCCUUCCAGCAAACUCCCCAUUUCCAUUCGGGUAUUGCUUCCCCAAAUCUGUUCUCCUCUUCUUUUCCUGGAGGCUUGUCCUUCCACUCCAUCCCUGCUCAUUCGGUCAAGCCCGAUAACACCACCACCACCAUCGACCCUUCCAAGGCGAGUGGGUCGAGUAAAGCAAAAAGGAGAGGCGGGGCCGGAGGUCUGAACAAGCUCUGUGGCGUUUCACCGGAGCUUGAGGCUGUUGUUGGCCACCCAGCUCUUCCGAGAACAGAGAUUGUGAAGCAGUUGUGGGCAUACAUCAGGAAGAACAACCUCCAGGAUCCGAGCAAUAAGAGGAAAAUAAUUUGCGACGACGCUCUGCGUGUGGUGUUUGAGACGGACUGUACUGACAUGUUCAAGAUGAACAAGUUGUUGUCUAAGCACAUCACACAUCUCGACCCUAAUAAGGAGCCCAGUUCUAAGAAACAGAAGGUGGCCAGCGAAGAGAAAAAGUCUUCUUGUGUGACGCAAAUCAUUGUGUCUGCAGCUCAAUCGUCUUCUCCCUCUCCAGCUCCAUCUCUAGCUGCUUCUCCAGCUCAAGGUCCAACUCCUCAUUUUGUCGGGAUAUCAGAAGAGUUGGCCAACUUCUUUGGUGUUGAGGUGAGGGAGAUGCCCCAAUCCGAAGUUUUGAAUCGCGUGUUAGAAUACAUCAAUUCCAACAAUCUAAAGGACCCCGUUAAUCCCGGAGUGAUAGUAUGUGACAUGAAGCUUCAAGAGCUCUUUGGCUGUCAUAGUUUCCCAGUUGAGAAGAUCAUGGACAUCCUAUCCUGCCAACACACAUUUAGGGCUUGAGUUUCUGCAAAUGAUGGGUUGCUUGUUGCCAAAGUAAAGGGUUGGUCGUAUAAAUAGUAAUAUGAUUAAAUAGUAUUCUCUCCCCCCUCUUUUGUUUCUUACUUGCUUAACAAUGUUGAUUGAUUGCUAACCUUUUUGUGGAUAUAGUUGGUUGUUUAUUCAUCCCUUUGAACAAAUAGUAGGUUGAAAAUCCAUCCAUGUAUGAUGGCAAAGUUGAAAGGAUGAAGCCUUUUCUCUUAGUGUUGUUAUCAUUUGGUUUCUCUCAUCAUGACAAGCCAUUUGCAGGCAUACGAUUUAUGUAUUUAAGUAGAUAGUUCUUGGUCUUAUUUUGGUAUUGUAUAGUUCUUGGUCUUAUUAGAGCAUUUUUUAGGGGCUUCUUGAUUUUUUUGUAAAAACUAAUGCAGUGAAAAUCUCAGCAAAACAAUGAUUCAAUGUUGUGUAAUCGGCAUUUGCCCUGUUGGAAAUGAGGUAGACCCAAAUUGGUUAAAUUAAAGGAGCAUAAGUUAAUAAGGAAUUAUUGUUCCU